AUGGCAAGCAAGCCGCUGCCAGAGCUGAGCAGUGCGGAGAAGCAGCCCGCACUGACACGGCUGGGGAUAUGCGCGCUCGACAGAAAGGCUCGCAGCAAGCCCAUGCGCAAUAUCCUCUCGAGAUUAUUGGCGACCGGUCAGUUUGACGCCAUCGUCUUUGGUGACAAGGUCAUCCACGACGAACCGAUCGAGAACUGGCCGAUCUGCGAUUUUCUCAUCUCCUUCUUCUCCCAAGGAUUCCCCCUCGAUAAAGCCAUCGCCUAUGUCAAGCUGCGCGCCCCAAUCUGCAUCAACGAUUUGCCCUUGCAGAAAGUGUUCUGGGACAGAAGAGUCGUCCUCGCUAUACUCGACAAGAUUGGCGUGCCUACUCCGAAGCGACUCGAAGCCUCGAGGGAUGGUGGCCCGGCAGCAGUAUUGGAUCCCAAUGUACUCGAGCUCAUCAAGUCGGAACUCAAGCUCGAUCUCACGAAGAAAGUCCCACCUGUCGACUUCGAUAUGAAAGGCGACGACACCAUCAUCGUAGACAGCAGGACACUAGACAAGCCCUUUGUAGAGAAACCCGUCAGUGGAGAGGAUCACAAUGUCAAUAUCUAUUUUGCCAAGAAGAAAGGUGGAGGCGCGAGACGGCUCUUCCGCAAGGUGGGCAACAAGUCGAGCGAAAUGGAUCCGGAUCUCGUCAGACCACGUACAGAUGCUUCGUACGUCUAUGAGCAAUUCAUGGACGUCGAAAACGCAGAGGAUAUCAAAGUCUACACGCUUGGACCCAAUUUCGCCCACGCGGAGACACGCAAAUCGCCCGUUGUCGAUGGCCUCGUACGACGCAAUACGGAAGGCAAAGAGAUCCGCUUUAUUACCGAACUGAGCGCGGACGAGAAGAAGAUUGCCAAUCGGAUAGCUACCGCCUUUAAGCAGAAUAUCUGCGGAUUCGACUUGCUCAGAGCGAAUGGCAAAUCAUACGUCAUCGAUGUCAAUGGCUGGUCUUUCGUCAAAGGCAACGAUGACUAUUAUGACAAAUGUGCAGAGAUCCUCGGUAAGUUUUGCCAGAGCGUUCCUCGCACGCCCACGCCUGGCGAUGCCGAAUCGCCUAGAGAACAGACAUGGAAGCUCAAGAGCCAGAUUGCGGUCUUCCGUCAUGCUGACCGAACGCCAAAGAUGAAGGCCAAGUGGUCAUUCAAAUGCUCGCAAGAAUGGACAAAGCCAAUGGUCGACCUGCUACAAGGCCGCAAAGACGAGAUCGUGCUUCGCCAGACCGAACAUCUGCAUUUCAUUGCCAACGCAGCAGAUGCAGCUCUGAAACUGCCUGGAGCAGAUGCAGAGAAGCUGCAGCAGAUCAAGAUGAUUUUAGAAAAGAAGAUUGAGUUCGCAGGCACGAAGGCGCAGAUCAAACCGACGCUCGAUGCCAAAGGGGACUGCGAGAAAGUCCAGCUCAUCGUCAAAUGGGGCGGCGAGUUCACCCACGCUGCUAGGUACCAGUCUCGCGAUCUGGGUGAGAAUCUGCGGAAGGAUCUUCUCAUCAUCAACAAAGAGCUGCUAGAUCAUACGACAAUCUACAGCAGCUCGGAGCGUCGCGUCAUGGCCACCGCCGAAGUCUUUGGUGGCGCCUUCCUUGACGAGAAGAACGCCAAGCCAGUUGCACACCAGCUCACAAUUCGCAAAGACCUGCUGGAUGACUCAAACGCCGCCAAGGAGCCUAUGGACGCAGUCAAGAAGAGACUGAAAACGCUCUUGCGCGACGACUCCUACAAGCGACCCGAGUUCGCUUGGCCAGUUCCCGAUGUCGAGCCCGCUCAAGUCGUCAGAGAGACGAUGGCUCUUAUGCGGUUACACAGAGACGUGCUCGAAUCGAAUUGGAGAACGCUCGAUGUCGAUGCCAUUCAGUCUCGAUGGUGCUGUGGGGAGAACCCAUUUUUGUUCAGAGAGCGGUGGUCAAAGCUAUUUGAAGAUUUCUGUGAUGUCGAACCAGAAAAGUUUGAUCCAUCGCGUGUGUCUGAGCUCUACGAUUCGCUCAAGUUCGAUGCGCUACACAAUCGUGUAUUCCUUGAGCGAAUUUUCAGCAAGGAAGCAAAGUCGGACGCCAAAGCUGGCUCGCCCAGGGAGCUCAAGCAGCUCUAUCAUCACGCGAAGCAACUUUUCGAUCUCAUCGCGCCACAGGAAUAUGGCCUGAACAAGGCAGAAAAGAUCGAAAUCGGAUUGCUAACGUCGCUGCCGCUAUUGCAAAAAAUCGAGGCAGAUUUGAGGCAUGCAAUGAACACAGAGACAGGUGCAGCAUCGUACUAUUUCACAAAAGAGUCGCACAUCCAAACCCUUGUCAAUCUCGUCGUGCUUUCGGAGCUACCGAUCGUCAUGCCGGUGCCGGAGCUCGACUACAUGGCCUACAUGGCCUUUGAGCUCUAUGAGCGUAGCGCGGAAGAGAAUUCAGAAUAUUCUAUACGUAUCUCACUUAGCGAAGGCGCACACUCACUGCCUCUCGAUUCCAGUCUCGACGCUCGGCAUGCAUUGCAGGUACAGCCACGGAGACUCUUGACAAACUAUAUCCCUGUCGAUACCUUUAUGGCGCAGUAUGCAGAGAAGGCAGACGGUGUCAAGAGGAGCACGACUGCCUACGAAGGCUUACUGCCUAUCUCCUCUGGCAUCCUCGUCGAGGCUGACGAGCUGUACUCUGGCGGUGAUUCGCCUGCGGAGCAAGUUGUCUCGUUCAUGCCAGAUGUGCCUGACGCGGAUAAGUCGCGGCCAGAGAGCUUAGCCUCGUCGCGAGCUGACUGA